AUGGUAAUGAGUGAAAAAAUACCUAGAAAAUGGAUUACCAUAAAAAUUAUAUGCAAUAAAGCCCAAGCUGUGUAUUGCUCGAUCUGCCUGGCAUUUGCAGUAUGUGAAAACACUUUCACAACAGGCUCUACAAAUUUUCGUCACAUGCACUCAGUUAUUAAAAUACAUGAAAAUUCAAAAGUGCAUAUUAGUGCUGUCGAGGCCUACCUCAGAGCUUCAAAAAACCAGUCAUUUAAUAAUUCAAUUAGCGUUAAAAUAUUAAAUGAAAAACAUAACAAUAUCCACAUAAUAAAACAAAUAUUUGAGAUAAUAAAGUUUUUAGGUAAACAAAACUUACCAUACAGAGGAUCAAAUGCUACCGAAACACUUAGCCUCUUUGAUAAUGAAAAUUUAAAUCAUGGCAAUUUCCUGGAAAUGAUCCGUAUUAUAUCAAAGAAUGAUCAAAUACUUAGAGAUCAUUUAGAGAAGGCUAUUUUAAAAAGCAAACGUAGUAAAGAUACGCUUAAAUGUCUAACAAAUCAAAAUCGAAGGGAAGAGGUUCUCUCAUAA